CUUCCGUUUCUGCACAGGCAAGAUGGCGGCGGCUGGCGAUGUGGAAGAGUCGGAGGAGGCGGUGGAUUGGGCUCUCACUUCAGAGAUUGAAGUCUUGGAGUCCAUCUAUUUGGAUGAACUACAUGUAUCCAAAGGAAAUGGCAGGUCUGUGCCCUGUGAAAUUUCCAUCACACUUCAUCCAGCAACUGCAGAGGACCAAGACUCUCAGUAUGUCUGCUUCACUCUUGUGCUGUCUGUGCCUCCUCAGUAUCCAAAAGAAGUGCCAAAGAUAGCUAUUCUGAAUCCUAGAGGGCUCUCUGAUGAGCAAAUCCAAAAGAUUUCACAAACACUUCAAAGUGUUACUGAAGCCCGACUGGGCACACCUAUGUUAUAUGAGCUAAUAGAGAAGGGAAAGGAAAUUCUUACUGACAACAAUGUCCCUCAUGGGCAGUGUGUAAUUUGCCUGUAUGGCUUUCAGGAGAAUGAAGCUUUCACUAAAACUCCAUGCUACCACUACUUCCAUUCACGUUGCCUUGCAAGUUAUACAGAGCAUAUGGAGAAGGAGAUUCGUUUACAGAGGAAGGAGAGAACACAGCCAUUGACACUUAUGCCAACAGAGGAUAUUGAAGUGCAGUGCCCUGUGUGCAGGAAGCCUCUAGUAUACAACCUCGCAGUGCUGCAAGCUGCACCACUCCCACAGCAGCCAAUGGAGGUGUAUCAUCCUGACACACAGACAUUGCUGCACAGAGAGCAACUGCGCCUAAUUUACCAGAGACAACAAGAAAAAGGAGGUAUCAUUGACCCUGAAGCAGAGAAGAAUCGCUACUUCAUUAGCUUGCAAAAGCCUUCAGGUGCCACUGAUCAUGAGGGUAUAACCACUUCUGAAAGCGUCACAGAUGCUGAGGAGUUGAAGCCACCAACAGGCACAAAAUACACUCAGGAAACUGGAAAGGCUGUUCCAGUGAAGAAUGAACCUGAAGAGUCAGGGAGACCACCUAUUACCUUACAUCACCAUAGCAAAAGAGAGAGGACUCGAGAAGAAAAUCCAUCUUUACGGGGCCCUGGAUGGCAACAGCAUUACAAGUCACUGGAAAUAUCAGCAGAAAGUCAUCUUCUCACUGCUGAGGGAGAAUCCAGAGCCUUCACUGGGAGGUCAAACCGGAGGAAGGGAAGAGGGCAAUGGAGCUGUGGGAAAUAUAACCAAGACUUCCAGAAAUCCUGUAAUGGAGACCAGGUGUCUUCUUUCACAGAUAAAAAAGGGCUGUGUGCCAGUAGCAUUUUACAUGCCAAAGAGAGAACAUAUAUGAGAGAAGAGAAAAACAUUGUGGGGAAAUGGGCACCAAUGCAGAAGAGUCAAAAUGGAGAGGAAGACAAUGUGGAGGUUAGCCGUAUUGAGCACAGGGGACCUGCCAAGUGGCAAGGUCAACAUGCCAUGCAGGAUAGCAGGCGAUGGGAAAAGGCCAAGACCAGAGAACGUGGAUCUUAUCCUAAAAUGCCAAGAGGCCAGGGGCAGUCCAGACCAAACUCAAGGAGACUGCCACAUAGCCAAGAGACUGAGGGAGGCUCCUAGCAGGCAGAAGAUGUGUUGUGUAGGGCUUUUUCAAGAGAAGAACAGUAACAAUUUUGUUUUGCUCUCUAAUCAGCCAUUGGUUUCUGAAGUAUCUUAGGGAAAAGUAGAGCUGUCUUAGAAAUUCUCUUCCAGAGCAUGGUGGUCUACAUCUUGUGAAGUAGUACGAGCAUUUAAGCAAUAUGCAUUUUUUGGCGGAACAGAAUGCUACUUAGGGACUCGGGCAACAGGGGGCAAAAAAUUAUAGGCAAACACUAUUGGUCAUAAGUAAAUUGUAGGGUCUUCCAGCAAAUCAGUAUUGUUGCAGGGAAAAGCCCUUGACUGAAUGGGCAGUGUUGAAAAUAUUCUAUUGAACAUAACUCUUUUGAAAAUACGUAAUUAAAGUACCAUGGGGAGUACUGGUCUCUCUAUUUACUGUCCAGACUAUGGGUAUGGCUUGCCAUAUUUCUUAUUAUUAACAUUGUUAUUGGUGCUAGACAUGGCAUGGCAAUAGCACUGAUAGCUAUGAAAACUGUGCACUUGAGUCAGCACCGAUUUAGCAACAAUUACAUUUCAGGUUUGGUUUUGUGCUGUAAAAAGAAAAUCCUGUGUUAAACCCUGAAAUGCUGUGGCCAAAGGGCAUGUUAGGAAGUGGAUCUGCUACAAACUCCUUGCAGUGGGUUGAGACUGACUGGCAGUUGAUCUUGUAUUGUGACUCCCAAAUGUGCCCAUUCUAGAAGGCCCUUGACAAAAAUGCUUGCUCUCCCUAUAUUGAAGUAGCUGGUUCUUGAAAUGAGUCUUUGCUUCAGACCAGCUGAUCCAAGAUUCUGUCUUGUCAGAAGCUGCUGACCACCCUGGGGUUUUACUUCUUAUCAAAGAUGUGACUGAUACCCACCAGUGAUCCACUGACUGUGAUAAGUGUCAGUGCUCCUUGCAGGAUUUGGACCUUAGUCUAGGACCAUGCUUUACCCCCUGUCAUAGUCAGUUCAAGUUUAUUCUGGUCAGUUUUGGAAUUGAUGGAAUCACAUUUCAUUUUUUCCCCUUUGUUUCACACACUGGUUCAGGAGCUGUUUUCUGCUGAAGUGAGCAAUACUCUUGCACCUGUAUAUUUCUAGGCUAGUUAAUCCCUGCCAUUUCUCUUAACAAAAUGAGACUUUGCCUUCAUGAGUGCUUCUGUUUAGAAGGCCAGUCAGGAAGGUCCUGUAUGUGUGCAUGUGCACACUGAAAAUUGGUGCAAACUUCUCCCCACCAGUGAAUUGACAUUUGAUCAUAUUUAUGGUUCUCCACUCAGUUGUAUGAAAGGUUAAUAUCUUGUACAUCUGCAAAGAUCACUCAUUUUUUCCCACGGGGAGCUUUGCCAUCUCAUAUUUUUCCUUUUGUUGUAUAAAUAUCAUCAGUUCAUGUAGAGGCUGAAGAGAGGUCAUUACUGACGUGUCAUGUUGUGUUCAUUCCCUCUCUCUUGCACACACACACACAUUGGAACAGCCAGGUCCAUCAAAGGUUGAUAAUGAGAUUGAUCUACCUCUCAGAACUGUGGUUAGAUGGAGUUUGUGGUGAUGUGAUACAAAUGUGUAUUAAAAGCAAUCUGAGUAAACUGG